AUGGUCACUACCACAAUUAUUGAUGAUACUGAUAUUAAUACGGCUGUUAAUGAGGAAGUAGAGAAUGCCGAACUGAGCGUUGAACAGAAAAAAGAGGCAGUGAAAGAUCUCUUGGCCCAAGGGAAACGCGACUAUCAUGCUGGCGACUAUGAGUCUGCAGCUGAUAAACUGAGUACUUGUGCGAAUUAUUCAGCAGAUGUGUAUGGUGUGUUUGCCAGCGAAUCAUUCGAUCCUCAUUAUUACUAUGGUCGAUGUCUACUCGAAUUGGGUCGCAUCGAAUCAGAUGUUUUGAAAAAUGCGUUGACUAGUAUGCCAGAAGUAGAAGAUGAGGCUGAUGAAUCUGAUGAGGAUGAGGGUUAUACUGGGGAAGAGCCAGACAAUGAUAGAUCCGUUGGUGAUACGGAUACACUUACAGAAGGCAAGGAAGAAGAGAUUAAGAAACAAGUGGAAGAAGUGCUUGUUGAGAAUGCCGAGGAGUUGGAGAAGGCUUGUGCAAAAAAGAUUGAAGACAACAAUGCUAAGACGACUGAGGAGAAAGCAUCAGAACUCGUUAUUGAAGCUAUUUCUGCUGACGGAAGCGUAGAGAUUACGGAUAUCCGCGAAACAGUUGAUUUCGAAGUCGUAUCACAUGAGGCAGAUGGUGCCGUUCGUGCAGAAGAUGAUGUUAGGAACGACGCAGAGGAUAAUGCAAGCAAUUUUCAAGCCGCAUGGGAGGUUCUUGAGGUUGCACGUAAUAUAUGUGACAAACAAGAACCAACAAAAGAAUGGGAGCUGCGUAAAGCAGACGUUCUAUCUGCUCUAGCUGAAUGCUCGAUUGAAGAAGGGAACAGUGAGCAGGCGUUAGAUGAUCUUACAAGCGCUCUUCAAAUUCAACUUCUUCACCUUCCUGCUGACGACAGAUUAAUCGCAAACUCAUACUUUUCGUUCGCCCGUAUCCACAAACUUGAAAAGGAGUUCGUACUAGCGUCAGAAUAUUAUAAGAAGGCAAAACAGUGCUUGCAGCUACGAAUCGAGACAACCAAAAAAUCGCUUGCUGAAGUUUAUGAAGCUGAGAAAGAAGACGAGAAAACAUUGCUUCAAAAGGAGCUAGCCGAUUUGAACGGUAUAAUUCCCGAUAUUGAGCUUAAAAUUCAAGAUGCAGAUGAUAGCGCUGUUACAUUAGAGAAAGUGAAGAAUGAGCUAAAGUCUGCAUUUAUGCCCACCUUUCCGGAAAAGACUACUGUUAACCAAGAUACUCCUGUGAACGAUAUCUCAAAUAUAGAAGAAGUGGAACGUACGAAACGUCAGUAA